ACAUUACUUGGACAAACCACAGCUGGAGAAUGACAAGAAAGGGCGGUGUGAGAGAGAGAGAGAAACGGGAUGACAUGCAUUGGUCGGAAUUGAACCAGGCUGCCGCCAAUGACUCAGCCUAUAUGGGGUGAACACUCGACCAGAUGAAAGCAAUGCCUCCUGGUUACUGAAACAUGACAAAUCAGAGGGAGAGUGGAAGAAAAGCCAUUCAUCAAAAAGUUGGGAGUUGACAACUGUGUUUUGUCGCACGUAGGUCAGUUUUUGAGGCCCAGAUGCUGUGGAGGCAACGAUGCUCCUUUUACUUCUGACGAACAUUGCAAGCCUGAUACAAAAGGCACACCCCCCCAAGGCAAUGGUAGGGGAAACACUGAGUACUCAACAUUGCCUAAAGUGAGACUUGAACACGCAUCCGCUGGUAUUGUGAUCAGAGCUAUUAAUCAGUGGAAAAGCAGACAGACGCUCUGUAUUGCUUCGCUCCGGUGCCGGUGCUCCUGUCUGCUUCUCGAUGCUGGGGGCACGCUGACCGUCAUCUACUGUGCACUUUCCGACUUUGAGGAGCAUUGAUAUGGACACCAGGUGUGGUGACGUCCAGCUCUCUGUGGGUGUGUGUGGGAUGUUGUGUCAGGGCUGAAGCCCGUCCCUCUCCCAUGAGCCCGUGUGCCCACACACACACCUGGCGCCUCCACGCACACACCCGGCGCCCACGCACGCACAGCCGGCACUGACGCUGUGAACUGGACCCUCGGAGCCCAGCGGAGCCAAGCGGAGCGGAGUCUAGCCCAGUUGGAGCCUGAGGAUGUCAACAGAGACAGAGCUACAGCCAUCGGUCAGGCCCAGCAGCGUCAGACGGGACUCCAAGAGGAAAGGGCAGGAUCGCAGCGAGGCGGCUCUCAUCAGGCGUUUUAAGGGCGAUGGCGUCCGCUACAAGGCCAAGCUCAUCGGCCUGGACGAGGUCACUGCCGCCCGUGGAGACAAACUCUGCCAGGACUCGAUGAUGAAGCUCAAGGGUAUAGCUGCAGGAGCGCGGUCUAAAGGAGAUCACAAACAGAAGGUGUUUCUGACCGUCUCCUUCGGGGGGAUCAAGAUCUUUGAUGAGAAGUCAGGGGUCCUCCAACACCACCAUGCGGUCCACGAGAUCUCCUACAUCGCCAAGGACAUCACGGACCACCGAGCCUUUGGCUACGUCUGCGGGAAGGAAGGGAACCACCGCUUUGUGGCGAUCAAGACCGCGCAGUCGGCUGAGCCGGUGAUCCUGGACCUGCGGGACUUGUUCCAGCUCAUCUAUGAGAUAAAGCAGAGAGAGGAGAUGGAGAAGAAGGCCCAGAAAGACAAGCAGUGUGAGCAGGCGGUCUACCAGACAAUACUGGAGGAGGAUCUGGAGGACCCGGUCUACCAGUACAUUGUGUUUGAGGCGGGACACGAGCCCAUCCGUGACCAAUCAGAAGAGAGCAUUUAUCAGGUUCCCACCAGUCAGCAGAAGGAAGGGGUCUAUGACGUCCCAAAGCGACACCCAAACGGACAUCAAAACUCUCCCCACCACCAUCAUCAUCAUCAUCAUCAUCAUCAACAACAUCAUCAACAACAUCAUCAUUCUCAUGAUCAGCCCCUCCAACAAGAACAACAACCGCAGCAGCCGGCAGUGGCAGAUCUGAUAGACUUAGACCUGGAUAUCGUGACUCAGAAUAUCAACCAGUUAGAGAUCUUUGGAGACAUGUCCACACCUCCUGACAUCACCUCUCCAUCGACCCCCGCCUCUCCAGCAAACACCCUCGACCCCUCGCUGGGCCUGCAGCCUCCCACGGAACUGUUUGCCUCCUUCAAUCCUGCGUCUGUGCCCUCAGGUUAUGUGACGAUGGGAGCGGUCCCUCCCGGCCACUGGUCCCAGCAGGCGUUUGCCGCCCAGACACCGCUGGCCUUCGGGGUCCAGUCUCCUCUCGGCGCGGUGGCCCAGGUGCUGCCGGGCGGCCAGCCUCUCAUCUGGGGCCAGGCCAACAUCUUCCCCGCCACCCAGCAGCAGUGGGCAGCCAUGGCAGCCGGAGCCUUCCCCCCCACAGCCUACCUCCCCGCCCCGGGCACUCUGCCCGCCGCCAUGUUCCAGACUCUCACCCCCGUCACGACCGUGACUCCAGCCGGCGAGAGCCAUUCGUGUGCUGGAGCCGGCGCCUCGGCUCCCUCCCCUUCUGCGUCGUCGAGUCCGCAGCACGGGGAGAGGAGGAAGAUGGGCAAGGAGAUGUUCAAGGAUUUCCAGCUGGCGAAGCCUCCGGCCAUGCCGGCGAAGAAGGGCGAACAGCCCGGCUUAGCAGGAACCUCAGAGGCAUUCAGCUCUUACUUCAGCCGUGUGGGCACGGCCCAGGACACGGACGACUGUGAUGACUUUGACAUUUCUCAGAUGAACCUGACACCGGUCACCUCCACGACACCAUCCACCAACUCACCGCCCACCCCGGCUCCCAGGCAGAGCUCCCCCUCCAAGUCCUCAGCCUCCCAUGUCAGUGACCCCCCCACCGACGCCACAGACCCCCCCACAGACGACUCGUUCGGGGAAGCAGAGGGCAGCCCUAGUCGCAGUGGAGAGGAAGAUGCUGCGUGUGGUUCUGGGUCGCCCUGCCCCAGUGAGACAGCAGAGCCCAGCCCAGACCAGGCCAGUCCAGAGGCUGGGAGCUAGAUAGCAGCAGGGCAGGAAGGGGAAGGACCCGCUCUACGCCCGGAUCAACAAAGGGAAGAAAUAAAGAGACACACAGGAAGACGGACCUGACCAGCACUGAGAGAACCGGAGGAGAAUCCUCACCAUGUGUGUGUGUAUGUAUGCGUGUAUGUAUGUGUGUGUGUGUGUGUGUGUGUGUGUGUGUGUGUGUGUGUGUGUGUUUGGCACAUCUCCCUGCCUGGCCAAGCCCUUCUUCUCCUCCUCCUCCUCUUCCUCCUCUGGCUAACAACCUCCCAGGAGGAGCCUCCACGCUCCUCCUCCUCCUCCUCCUGAGAGCAGAGAGCCCUCUCGGUCAUUCACUCCAGGCAGGAGGGAUAUCAAUCACUGAGACGGAUCCAGCUCUCCCUCCACUGCGCUGUCUUCUCCUCUUCCUCCCUGUGGCGACUCACACCCAGCCUUAACCUGCUCCUCCUCCUCCUCCUCUCUCUCCUCCCCUCCCUCCUUCCUCCUCCUCCUCUCUCCUCCUGUGUCUGGCCAGAGACUGAGCUGCCAAGGAGGGACUGAAUCAAGCAGUGCCUCCCUGUCUCCCGACACACACACACACACACACACACACACACACACACACACACACACACACACACACACACACACACACACAAACACACACACACGCUCAUAGAGUGACCAUCUUUGGUUUUUAGCGGACAGAAUGUGUAGCGAGGAGAUCCCACAGGAGGAGCUGGACUCUUAACGAGCCUAUCAGGGAUGGCCCGUCACUGGGAUCACUGCUUCUGAUUGGUCGGUUGGUUUCGGGCGUUGUCUUACCCCCAUUCUUGUGAGUGUCUGCUGGAUCACUAUGCAGAAACAGACUCUCUGGGAGCUACUCACACACCAAAUACACACAGCUUACAUACACACACACACACACAGUCAUCUCUCACCCUCUCUAACACACACACACACACACACACACACACACAGUAAUUUGCCAAACGUCUCUCCUCGCAGACAGACUCUAGAGGCCAGAGGACCGGACACACUGAGGAAUGGACCCUGAGAGGGAAGUGAUUCUGUGAUCGAACUCUUCAUUCUCUAUAGCUUUUGUACAAUACCGAUUAAAAAAAAAACAAAACAAAAAAGAAGAAAUUGAAAAA